CGCGCCCUUUAAGGCGCCGGGCUGCACUUCUGGUUGACAGUCACGCUAAAGGUUUAGUCAGCGACAGCGGCUGUUUCGUGGUGGUUCUGCCAGCAGGAUAGACAAUGGGUGAAUUCUUCAAAGGGAAGACCAUUGCCAUUAUCGGGGGAGGUCUGAUUGGGCGUAGCUGGGCAAUGGUAUUUGCAAGUGGUGGUUACAGAGUGAAGAUUUAUGAUAUCCAAGCUGGCCAAGCACGGCGUGCUCAAGAAGAUAUCAGCAAAGAGAUGAGAAAACUUCAAGAUUCUGGAUUUCUGAGAGGCUUGCUGAGUGCAGAAGAACAGACAAGCCUGAUUAGUAGCCAUGAUGACUUGAAAGAGACUCUUGAAAGUGCCUUCUUCAUUCAGGAGUGUAUUUAUGAAAAUCUAUCUGCAAAACAGGAGAUUUUUUGUGCUGUAGAGAGUCAUGUUGCUGAUGGCGUCAUCCUCAGUAGUUCAACCUCUUGUAUACUACCUACAAAUGUAUUCUCCAAAGUAAAGAACAGAAAGAGAUGUAUUGUGUCUCAUCCUGUGAACCCUCCAUACUAUGUAAAGCUGGUGGAACUUGUACCUCAUCCAGAAACUGAUUCUACUGUAGUGGAUGUGACAUACAAUAUGAUGAAAGAGGUUGGCCAAUCUCCAGUCAGAUUAAGGCGUGAGAUUGAUGGUUUUGCCCUAAAUCGCAUACAGUAUGCAGUUAUUGCUGAAGCCUGGAGACUUGUCAAGGAUGGUAUUCUGUCAGUUCAGGAUGUCGAUGCUGUGAUGUCAGAAGGGCUAGGAAUGCGUUACGCAUUUGUUGGUCCAAUGGAGACUGUUCAUCUCAAUGCCGAAGGGCUUCAGCAGUACUUUCAACAGUAUGGAGAAGGAAUAAAGCGAGUCUUGUCAUCUUUUGGACCUGUUCCAGAUUUUUCUGAUGAGGAGCUAAAGAAGAUUGACCAGGAAAUGUGCAACUGGGUCCCAUGUGAUCCCCAAAAUUUGGCUGCUAGGAGGGAGCGAAGAGAUCGUUACAUCCUUGGCCUUAGCCAACUUAAAAGCAAAGAACCUUAGUGAAGACAAAGUAGAAUCUCUUGACAAUGAGCCUCAAGCCCUGUUGUGCUGUGCUGUUGAAAACUUAGGGAUGGAAACCAGUUUGUUUUUUUUUAAUUCGUAAAGCUCUAGUAUGCCUUUACCUCAUGAUUAAGCCUACUGACAAAGUCACUAAUAUACUUAGUUUUAAGGUAGUGCAGGUGGACAAAAUUAAUUUUGAACUCAAAAGACAAAUCAAGAAUUACUGCUUGGUCAAGGUUAUAAAUUUAAACUACCAUACAUUUUGUAUAUCUCUAAUUCAAAAAUCAUUUAUGAUCCUUAGUUAUAAAUUAGAACAUUUAAUAAUGUUUGUUCAUCUCUUCACAGUUUAAAACCCUUUUAAGUUAAAUGUGUGUUCAUUACUGCCAGUAAAUAAAAAAAGUAUUUUCUUCUAAAACAGAUUUAUUUUUCUAUUUCACAGUCAACAGCGAGGAAUUGUUAAUUGUGGCACUCCCACCUACAGCUUAGUUGUCCUCCCUGAGAGAGCAGUAGUGGAACACAAACCUGAGUGAUUCUUUACUGGUGAUAUCUGGGGGCUUCUCUGAGAUCACUCAGCGUAGGGGUGAGUGUAACAGGAGGGCAAGGGCAGUGGAGGCUAAGAAAGAGUGAACUUGCCACUGUUAAAUAUGAUGCCCUCCCAAGGUCCAGGUUACUUGGUUGAGAUGGGGGAGAUCUGUUACUGCUCAGCUGGAUAAUCCCUCACUUCCAACUCGGGAGGAUGUUUGCUUGCAGCACACUAUUGCCGUCUUAGUGAGAUUGACUAGCAGUGAGUGGGAAUGUCACACUGAGCAAUUCCUUACCAGUAACAAUGACCCCUCACAUUAUUAAGCCACUCGGAGCACUAAAUAAGCCACCAAACAAGAUAACUUCAGUAUAACCUUCCUCCCUUUUAAAUGUCCAGGACCAUAGGGAUUCUGAUCCAGUUUUAGUUGCUGUGGUAUAUUGUUAACAUUAUAUCUUCAUCUUGUUUUGAACUAUGACAGGAUAUUUCUCCAAGAAUCACUGAACAGCUUCCAGAAUCUAAGAUGAUACAGUGUGAGAAUGUAUGAAAUUCAAGUAGUAAGGUUUAUCUAUCAAACAUGUGGAAAGUUGUCUGUUUUGUGCAUUGUCCCAUAGCAAUAUUAGUGAAUAUUGUUCUUGACUGUUCCACAAAUUCAGACAUGAAGAGAAUAUCUGAUACUUUAUAUAAUCAAUGAAGGAUUAUCAAAACAUUGAAAAUGUGGGCCAGUCACACUGAACAUGUUCAUCUUAAAAAUAUACAGUGCUUUCACAAUUUGAAAAAUAAAAAUGACUGAACAUGCAUAUUGACCUUAUUUUCUUAUAGGUUCAUUUUUCUCUGAAAAAUAAAAAAAGAAAGUCCAAAAAAGAAAACUUUCGACUGCCAAACAUUCAUCAGCUCUGUUUUUGUGUGUGGCAUUCAUUUUACAAAUGUGUAACAGUGAGCCUUUGAGAAAGUACCAAAGUGCACAGACUGCCGCCAGGAGAAACUCAAGGGAUCAAAUGAUUUCUUUCAGCUCUCCGUCUCCUAUAAUCCACUUAAAGGCAGAUCUAGCACUUGAACUUGGAAACCUGGGUUUCUAUAAGUGUGUCAUUUAUGAGAAAACUUACUCACUGCUCUGACUUCUUAGAACAUAUCUACUUAUUCCAGUUGUAUAUUUUUAUUGUUUCUUUAUAUUUUCCUCCACAAGUCUCAUUUUUCUCAGUCUCUGGUUAUCCUGUUUUUGCAAAUUGAAUUUCCCAUACCUGUUUUUUUACAUUGAUAAAAACUUCUAUUAAUAAUUUUGCAUUUACCUUGU